AUGACUACAUCACACAAAGCACAACUAGAAGCUAGAAAUGGUGCAAAGAAUCACAAUGAUUUAACUGCCACCAACAUACAACAUGCUAGGCUAUUACCAUCCCAUAAAAAAUUAAAAUAUAGAAAACAUACUUCGGAAAAUAUUGUUCAUACUAAUACUACUGAGGCAACUCAAGAAUUAAACAAUGAAUAUAAUAAACAGAGAAAUUAUGAUAAAGAAAUAGAAGAAUAUCGGAAUAAUAUUGCUAAUAAAGUCACAACUAUACAACAAAAAAAUGAUACCCUUCCUUGGAGAAAAAAUAAAGUAUUUAACAAUAACAGCAGAAUCGUUAAAAAGAGUCCAAAUAUAAAUACUAAUAAAAAAGUCACUGACAAAUCUCAGUAUGUAGAGGAUACAAUACAGUCGAAAAAAUUGAAAGAUUUUUUUAGCAAAUCAGUAAAAUAA